AUCGCGAUCGGUUGCACCUGUUUCGUAGUUUCAUUGAGUUCCGCAGUCGACAUUUAGAUGCGACGGGUGCGUUGUGCACGCAACGCGUCCAAGGUUUCUGGAGGAAGAAUAGAUACAAAGUGUCGGAUUUAGUUCCUCCAAUAAAUCUAAGCGGGUGGAUGGUACGGAUCCGCCCGGUCUUUUGUGAAAAGAUAUCCUUUGGAAUCCAAUCCUGAGGUAUCACUCUGGCGCACCCGCUUCCCUCAUUGCGCGCCGAAAAGUGUAUCAUCUAGUAAUCGCGCUAAUACCUUCCUCGUGUGAUCCUGGCGGAAGAGGUGACGAAAAGUGCAGCGUGGCCUAGGCCAUGCGCGGAAUGUUAUUUGGCGGUGUUUAAGUCGCGAUCGUCGCGCAAUUGGUGCCUUCCUUGUUCCUUGUCUUCCCCCUGGGUGCAUGUGUAUCGUCUUCUCGCGGAUACCUUAGCAUACCUACGUGUGCAUAUUUAUCGAGAAUAAAUGUAAAAUUGUCCAAGAAACAUAUAUGCAAAUGUGGAAAGGAUCGCGCCUGUACCGCCAAUGUUAUCAGCCGUGUUUAUUCGCGAUCGGCGGUUUUUUUAUUGAAAUUGAAAUCUUGUGGUUUGUAGCGAGUGGUGCAUUGCAGUUCUUGCUCUGCGCAAAAUUAUCCAUCCUAUUUAAUGAUAUUUCUUAUUUAGUGUAAGAUUUGGAUACGCAACUGCGAAUUCAUGUGCGGAGCAUAGAUUGGAGUGUGGCGCAGGUUAUCAGCAUGCGUUUAAGUUUAAAAGUGCGACCUUUGCGUUCAUUGUGGAUAGAACCAUCUUUGCGACUGUGUGACUACGAUUUUAUCAGGUUGGAUAUACAAGUCGAAACGGAUCCGGAGAGCAAAAGUGCAAACGGCGAAUUAUUCGAAGUAUCAAGAUUAACCCAUUGAUUACACGGCCGAUUACAAGAUCAACGAUCUGACCAGAAGCAAACGUAGACGGUGAAGAUUGAAGCAGCAUUUACCAAAGAAAUCCCAAUCGGUUAAGUCUGAACCCAGAAGGGCCCUCUUUACUUACGACGCGACACAGACCAUUUAAAAGAAGGUGCUCUAUAAAAAACGAUGUCAUCCAGUGAACCGGUCGUACCGCGUACAGCAAAUUUGCUUGCAUGCAAACAAUGGUGGCGAGUUUGUUUUUUAUACGGAGAUCAGCAGAAAUACUAUCGACAGGUCUAUAGUAAAGCAGCGGCUCAACGGCUUGCAUUGUCCGCUCAACAAAGUCGAAAUAAUGGAGCCAGCAGUCCACCAUUAUUUCCGUUGAAACAGAAUACCACAUUCCGCCGAGGCGGUAGUAAAAAAUCGUCAAGAUCAUGCCGAAAUAAUAGCCAGCCGCCUGAUGCUGGAGAGAGUAGCGAGGAGAUCAAGAAUGAUGCUAAAGUUACCGUCUUGGAUGAUCCAUUUCUGUUUGGGAUCGAUGGCAACGCCGAAGAUUAUCUGAGCGGAUACCAAAACCAUAUUAGUGGCGGCAAUGAUAGCAAUAAUUGUAGUGUAAGUGAUCAUAAUCAAAUAAUUGCAUGUCAGAAUUCAAAUGAAACGACGUCGAGUAAUUACAAUGAUGGAAUAGUUACAAAUUUGAAUCGUGCUAAGUUGGGUGAUCAAACACCCAAUCUAUCAUGCGAAGUGUCGGAUCCACGGACGGACGGUGAUCAAGGCCUUAAGCUCCCCAAUGUUGUGUUCAAUGAAGGCAGUGAUUUGCAGAUCAACGAGAACGAUCUGAAAUUCCUGAAUAUUCGACGCAAUCGAAGUUCGGUUUUCUAUAAGAAAACGACAGCCGAUAGUACGCCUGUUCCGGCUGAGGCCAGCUUUACUUUCAGCGAAGUCGACAGCCCUACUUUUCCAAAGGAUGAGGUACCUCCACCAAUCGACGAAAAUGAGCCAUUGAAACGUACAACACCGAUGUCGUUUUUACAACAAAUUCCAUCGGUUCAGCCGAAAGAGAGUCCUUCAAGCGGCAGCGGAUUAGAAAGCAGUGGCGGUUCAAAUGUCGGAAUCUUCUCUCCAACUGCUCAUCCACCACCCCAAUCGCUCCCUUUCCCUACAUCGCCCACCCCUCUACAACGGCAAUAUCAUCCUCAAUUGCCCACUGCGUCUGGAUCUGGAGGACCUGUAAUCCUGCCAGACCGUUUGCAACCACCUACUCUUCAACCUCUUGGGAAAUUGCCACCACAUCCGCCGCCGAUAUCAUCGGGAAAACCGCCGAUUACUUCACCACUCCUGCAUCAUCAGUCCACGCAUCCAAGUUAUCUCGUCGGGCCGCAAUUGGACAUCCAGCGACAUUCGCAAUCGGACGAUGACAGCGGAUGUGCUCUCGAGGAAUACACCUGGGUCCCGCCUGGACUCAGACCCGAUCAGGUGCGAUUGUACUUCUCACAGAUACCUGACGACAAAGUGCCAUAUGUAAACAGUCCAGGCGAAAGAUACCGCGUCCGACAACUUCUACAGCAGCUUCCGCCACAUGAUAAUGAGGUUCGUUACUGUCAUUCACUAUGUGAAGACGAACGUAAGGAAUUGCGCCUGUUCUCAGCUCAAAGGAAACGUGAAGCUCUUGGACGCGGUACCGUUCGACAAUUGAUGACCGCACGGCCAUGUGACGGGUGCGAUGAUCCUGUACCUACCGGUGAUAUCGCCGUCUUCGCUUCCCGUUUUGGACCAAAUGCAUCAUGGCACCCGGGAUGUUUCAUCUGCUGUAUAUGUCGAGAACUGCUGGUAGACCUCAUCUAUUUUCACCGAGAUGGGCGUUUAUACUGCGGUCGACAUCACGCCGAAACACUGAAACCACGAUGUUCCGCGUGCGAUGAGAUAAUUUUCGCAGAUGAAUGCACUGAAGCUGAAGGACGAGCCUGGCAUAUGAACCAUUUCGCAUGUUUUGAAUGCGAUAAACAACUCGGCGGACAGCGCUACAUCAUGCGUGAUGGGAAACCAUAUUGUCUAGCGUGUUUCGAUGCAAUGUUCGCUGAAUAUUGCGAUUUUUGUGGCGAGGCGAUUGGUGUCGAUCAAGGACAAAUGAGUCACGAUGGACAGCACUGGCAUGCGACUGAUGAAUGCUUUUCUUGUAAUACUUGUCGCUGUUCACUUUUGGGCAGGCCAUUUUUACCGCGGCGAGGCGCUAUCUAUUGUUCAAUUGCAUGUAGCAAAGGAGAACCACCGACACCAUCAGAUAGUUCAGGACCUGGGAUGAGACCGCCAAUGCAACGAGUCAGGCCUCAAGCUCGUCCACCUAGUGAUAAUGAGUACAAUAACGAAUCAACAACACCACCGAUCUCUCCGCAACAACUAAUACCAAAUUCCCCCCAAAUGAAUCGCUUAAGUCAUGCGCCAAAUAUGCGAAGUGGAAAACUGAAUCCUCAAAAAUGUAUUUCACCUCUUGCCAACCAACCAGAAGUAGUCGAAGAAAAGUGGGUUGACUACGCCGAUCUUUCUGCUGGACCAUCGAAUUCUUCUCAGAAUCAAACCCCAUUAACCUCUCCAGGAGAGUACCAUCAAAUUCCCGCAAAGCGCGAAAGCCACGAUCGAUUCGACUUCACGGAUAUGGCCGUGAAUUUGGACACAUGGCACCAUCCAAAGCACAAUUUAAGUACAAAUAGUUAUAGCCUUCAUGAACACAUUCGCAGCAAAAUGGAGACUUCGAUGACUUCAAGCAUGCCUGAACUUUCGCACGAGGAUCGCCAAACACAAACAUCAGUUCUCACGCCCACUGAUCAUGACCACCCGGAACUUCCCACCCCCAAUCUUUCAAUAGCGUCGAACGUACCUGAAAUAACACAGGCUGAAGCAAAUCCUCCAAUCCUUCCGGAGAAAAAGAAAGGUGUUCGAUUCGAGGGCAUCCCAGACACACUGUCAAGAUCGCGUAGUUAUUCAGGAGGCGGAAGUUCUUCCCGAAGAAGACGGCGGCGCAAAUCAUGCCGAAAUAGUGCGCCAAAUCAACUAAAUGAGCCCCGGCCCUCUACUUCUGGACAUUUGCAUAAAAAUCCUGUGGAAACGUCAUGCAAUGCUACCGGAAAUGAUUCGGAUGCUUCUACAGAUUGCUCCACGUGCUCAUCCAGUUCAUCUAGUUCGGACGAAUACCUCUACCAGCUGCCACAAAGACGCCAUUACGGUGGAGUUAGGGUUAGUUACGUUCCAAACGACGCAAUUGCUUACGAUAAGAAACGGAAACAGUCUGAUAGCGGCGAUAAGGACAAAAAUUGUAUUAUAUCGUGACGGACAAUUUUGUACUAUUUGAUAAAAACGACGUUUAUUUGAGCAAACUUUCUACCUACAUAUUUUCUUCUACAUUUGAAAUGUAACAACGUUCAUAGAAUGUAUAUAACUAAAUUAUGUAUAUUUUUGUAAAACAAGAGGCAAAAUAAAAGCAAACAAAUGUCAGUUUAUUUCAUAUAAA